CUCUCUCUCUCUCUCCUCCUCUCUAUUUUGCAGUUGCAGAAGCAGUUGGAUAUUAAUGGGGUCUAAAAGAGUUCUUGGUGUUCUGUUUGUGAUAUUAAUGGGGUUUCUUAGCACAUCUCAAGCUUACAAAUUCUUUGUCGGUGGCAAAGAUGGCUGGGUAUUAGACCCUUCUGAGAGCUACUCUCACUGGGCUGAAAGAAAUAGGUUUCAAGUCAAUGAUACUCUCGUUUUCAAGUACAAGAAAGGAUCCGACUCGGUUUUGGUCGUGACAGAGGAACAUUACCAUGCAUGCAACACCACGAGUCCGACACAGUCCUUGGCCGACGGCGACUCAAUCUUUAAGUUUGGCCGUUCGGGUCCAUUUUUCUUCAUCAGCAGCAAAAACUGCCAAAAGGGUCAGAAACUAAUCGUCGUUGUCUUGGCCGUGCGGAACAAAACUCACCACUCUCCUCCGCCUUCUCCUUCUCCUGUGCCCGAAUCACCCGUGUUGCCCUCUCCGUCGCCAUCCCCGACUGAAGACACUCCAACAUCGGCCGAGAGCCCGAAAGGAGUGUCACUAGGUAGUCUGCCGCCUGGUGAGAGUCCAUCAGAUUUUAAUUCCCCAGCACCGGCUCCAGCUCCAAUGGGAAAAUCUGGUGCAUCCGGUCGUGCUGAAGGUUCGGUUGGGUUGGCUUUGGGUGUUAGUAUUGGGGUGAGUGCGGUGUUAAGCAGCAUUGUAGGGAUGGUUUAGAGACACCAGAAUAAUGGAGUACCAAAUAUAAUAGGGUUUGGUUUUGAAGAUAUUUUAUUUUUAGUUGGAUUUUAAUUCAUAUUGUUUUUUCUUUUGGUUCAUAAGUU